AGGUUUUUCCGGAAAUCUCCACUACUCCCACAAACCCCAAUACAAGAUCUCGACUCUCUCUUCUGCGAAGGAACGAGAAUCUCCCCCAUGGCUGCUCUACAAUACCUCGAAUCUCAGAAAAACUCUCACCCCGAGCUCACCGAGUGGUACAAUUCUCUCGCAGAUCUGUACCAGAAGAAGCUGUGGCACCAGCUCACCCUCAAGCUCGAGCAGUUCAUCUCUCUCUCCGUCUUUCAGGCUGGAGAUGCUUUGAUACAGCUUUACAACAACUUCAUAACCGACUUCGAGACGAAGAUCAACCUCCUGAAGCUAGCCCACUUCGCGGUCGUUGUCUCGAGGCAGUACCCUGAGAAAGAAGCUGCGGUUAGUUAUCUCCAGGGAGUGAUUGAGAAGCUUAGAGCUACUAAGGAGUCACGCAUCAGUGAGCCGGUUAGCUAUGUAGAAACGCAGAUAGCUUUGUUCAAGCUUGAGCAAAGUGACCAGAAGGAGUGCAAGAAGAUACUUGACGAUGUGAAAAGCUCUCUCGAUAGUAUGACUGAUAUCGAUCCGUCGGUGUAUGCCAACUUCUACUGGGUGUCUUCUCAGUACCAUAAGUUCCGUCAGGAGUUUUCUGAUUUCUACAAGAAUGCUCUUCUUUAUCUUGCGUAUACUUCUGUGGAGUCGCUCUCUGAAUCGUUCAAGCUGGACUUGGCUUUUGAUCUGUCGCUGUCAGCUCUACUAGGAGAGAAUAUUUACAACUUUGGGGAACUGUUAGCCCAUCCAGUUCUGAAGAGUCUGCUUGGAACAAAUGUGGAAUGGCUUUACCACAUUCUACAGGCGUUCAACCACGGUGAUUUGGUUCAGUACCAAGAACUCUGCCGUGUUCACAAUGCAGCCUUGAGCGCACAACCAGCAUUGGUUGAGAAUGAGAAGAAGCUGUUAGAGAAGAUCAACAUUCUCUGUCUUAUUGAGAUCAUUUUCAGCCGACCAGCUGAAGAUAGGACCAUACCGUUGAGUGUCAUUGCUGAGCGUACUAAGCUCUCAAUCGAAGAUGUUGAGCACCUUCUCAUGAAGAGCUUAUCUGUGCACUUGAUAGAGGGGAUAAUAGACCAGGUGGAUGGAACGGUGCAUGUGUCAUGGGCGCAACCGAGGGUGCUAGGGAUACCGCAGAUCAAGUCAUUGAGGGAUCAGUUAGAUAGCUGGGUUGAUAAGGUUCACACGACCUUGUUGUCCGUUGAGGCUGAGACACCUGAUCUUGUUGCAGUUUAAAACUCUUGUUUCUUCUUUGUUUUCCUUUUGAGCUACAAGAUUGUGUAUCAUUUUGCUGGAUACUCUUAAUGCAACUUCUUUCCCUU